ACUCCCAGCUCCAGCUCGCCCACGCUCUGCAGCUCUUGCUCUCCCCCAGGAAGCCAUCAUGCCCUGCCGCUCCUACCGAGUCAGCUCUAGUCGUCGUGUGGGCAACUUUAGCUCUUGCUCAGCAGUUGUCCCCCAGAGCCUGAACCGCUUCCGGACCAGCUCUGUCUCCUGCAAGAGUGGGUCCAGCCUCCGAGGCCUUGGCGGCUUUGGUAGUCGGAGCGUCAUUGCCUAUGGAUCAUGCUCUCCCCGGAUAGCAGCGGUGGGCCCUCGUCCCAUCCGGUGUGGAGUUGGCUUUGGUGCUGGCAGUGGAAUGGCUUUUGGCUUUAGUGGUGGUUGUGGUACUGGUCUAGGGUUUGGGGUUGGCAGUGGUGUUAGUCUGGGUUUGGGCGCCAGCAGUGGCCUUGGCUAUGGCUUCGGUCGCCCUGGCUUUGGCUACAGAGUUGGAGGAAUUGGAGUGCCAGCAGCCCCAUCGAUCACAGCAGUGACUGUUAACCAGAGCCUGCUGACCCCCCUCAACCUGGAGAUUGACCCCAAUGCCCAGAGGGUGAAGAGAGAUGAGAAGGAGCAAAUCAAGACCCUCAACAACAAAUUUGCCUCCUUCAUCGACAAGGUGCGGUUCCUGGAACAGCAGAAUAAGCUUCUAGAGACCAAGUGGAACUUCCUGAAAGAGCAGAAGUGUACCAGGAGCAACCUGGAGCCCCUCUUCGAGAGUUAUGUCACCAACCUGCGGAGGCAGCUGGGUGCAGCCAACAGCGACCGGGCCCGUCUGGAGGCUGAGAGGAACAACGUGCAGGAUGUCCUCGAGGGUUUCAAGAAGAAGUAUGAAGAGGAGGUGGUAUUCCGGGCCAACGCUGAGAAUGAGUUUGUGGCUCUGAAGAAGGACGUGGAUUCAAUUUUCUUAAAUAAAUCUGAUCUAGAGGCCAACAUGGACACCCUCGUUCAGGAAAUCGACUUCAUGAAAACUCUAUACAUGGAGGAAAUCCAGUUGCUGCAGUCACACAUCUCAGAGACAUCGGUCAUCGUGAAGAUGGACAACAGCCGGGACCUGGACUUGGAUGGAAUCAUCGCCGAAAUCAAGGCGCAGUAUGAAGAGGUUGCCAGGCGCAGUCGGGCUGAUGCUGAGGCCUGGUACCAGAACAAGUAUGAGGAGAUGCGGGUGACAGCUGGCCAACACUGUGACAACCUGCGCAACACACGGAAUGAGAUCAAUGAGCUGACCCGCCUGACCCAGAGGCUGAAGGCGGAGAUCGAGCACGCCAAGGCGCAGCGAGCCAAGCUGGAGGCUGCAGUGGCUGAGGCGGAGCAGCAGGGUGAGGCAGCUCUCAAGGACGCCAAAUGCAAGCUGGCAGAUCUGGAGGGCGCCCUGCAGCAGGCCAAGCAGGACAUGGCGAGGCAGCUGCGGGAGUACCAGGAGCUGAUGAAUGUCAAGCUGGGCCUGGACAUCGAGAUCGCCACCUACAGGCGCCUGCUGGAGGGCGAGGAAAUCCGGAUCUGCGAAGGUGUUGGACCGGUAAACAUAUCUGUGAGCAGCUCCCGCGGUGGCAUGGUGUGUGGGCCUGAGCCCCUGGCCGCCAGCUCCACCCUGUCCCGCGGCAGAGUCACCUUCUCUGGCAGCAGCAUCCAUUCUGGCGGCAUCUGUGGCUCCAGCCUGGGUGGGGCCCAGGUUGUCAUGGGCAGCGGGGACCUACUGAGCACAGGCUUCAGGGGAGGCUCAGUGCUUGUGAGGGAGUCCUGCACCCCCAGCGUGCCCUGCCCGCUGCCCACCGAGGGCGGCUUCAGCAGCUGCAGUGGGGACCGUGGCAGCCGCAGUUCCAGUGUCCGCUUCGUGUCUACCACCACCUCCCGCCGGACCAAGUACUAA